AUGCCAUACAUCAACGAGGUUGGUCAAAACACCACGGCCAACGUCAAGGUCCUCAAUCCCAACGCGAUCAAGCCAUACCUCCCAGAUACCAUUCCGAAGGCUGCGGAUGUGACUUACAAGUUGACCACGGUCGUCGGCGGCCAGGUCAUCUACUGGGCGUUCAACCAGACAAUCCUACCUCUGGAGACGGAGGACCUCAGCCCCCUCCUGUUGAGCCCUCAGCCAGGCCGCCAGGACAACCACACCAUCACGAACCCCCCGGGGGGCGUGUGGGUGGACUACGUCCAAUCACGAUUACAGAACCAUGUUUGCGCCGCCGAAACACGAAAAGCCUGA